UAGAGAAAGCCAAGACGAUUAUUAUAUAUAGCAUAAAUAGACACCCCCACCCCAUAUACAUGUGUCUUAACACUCGGUGAUCCAUUUUCUGGGGGGGAGUUUUUGUAUCGAAACAAGGUAAGUAUGCGAUAAUAUCUCGUUCAAGUCAGAGCAUCUUUAAUUCUGCUCUUUCACGCUCUCACCUCCAGAUUGAGGUUUGCUGUUUAAUUUAUUAUUAGUAUUAUUUUUUUAAAUGCCCUCCUGUUCAAAAUUUGUCUUCCCCAAGAAAAUUGAGAUUUUAAGCUUUCCAAUGAUGUAUCAGACAUGCAUAUCGGGCAAUUUUGAAAGUUGUGGCAGAAAACACUCAGGUGCAGUGUUGUUUUCGUCAAAAAAGACUAACAAAAAUAUUUCGUUGACGAACAACUUUUUUCAUGACGAUGAAGAAACGAUAACGAGCUAUAAAUGUAUCUUGGGAGACUAAAACUUAACGACAAUAAUGCCAGUUUUUGUCCGACGAGACAAAAAUGCGCAAUAGUUUCGUCGCAUGUUCACAAUGUGUGACAUUUAUUGUGUCAUUAGCCUGCCUGGUUGUCUCACUCAUGUGACGUGCUGCGACCUCUCAACUCACCCACUAGCCUAGUGUCCUCUCCAGUCUCCCCAUUGCUUGUUUUGAGACACACACAGUAAGAUUUGUCUUCUUAUCUUGGCAGCAAAGAAUAUGCAAUGUUGUUUUAGCCUAGUAAGGUCUGUGCUGAGUGCUAAAUGUAACUCGUUGCGUUAGCAUAGCAUUCACAUCAACGUUAGCAUUAGGCUAUUGCUAACGGCGGGCGUCCUCCUCAACUCUCGGACAACUUUUUUACAUACAGGUUGUGGCGUCCAGGUGGGUAUAACUAAUUGAAAAUAAUGUAGCCUACCGUUUUCCUGCUGAGUGUGUAUUAUCACGUGAUAGAUUUGUAGAUGCUACAAUAUGUGCUCGUAUGUCAUUUUUCAUUGUAAAUCUUCCUUAUUUCUGGAGUGAAACUUUUGAAUUUUACAUACGAAAAUAUUGAGUUAAAGUCGACUAAAACUAGAUGAAAUUAGUAUGAGUUUUCGUCAACAAAAACUAGACAAAGACAAACACAUUUUGAAAUGACCAAAUUAUGACUAAGACUAAUAAGUAUUGUCGUCCGAAAGGCGAAAACUAAGAUUGAAAUUAAAAUGGCUGCCAAAAACAACACUGCUCUGGUGACUAAGAGUUCUGCUCUGAGACCCCCAAUUUGACCAAAUUUCAAAAUGGGUCGGACAAAAGUAUUGGCACCCUCAGCCUAAUACUUGGUAGCACAAUCUUUAGACAAAAUAACUGUGAACAACCGCUUUCGGUAUCCAUCAAUGAGAUUCUUACAAUGCUCUGCUGGAAUUUUAGAUUUUUGGAGCCAACUGCUCCAGGUCUCUGAGAUUUGAAGGGUGCCUUCUCCAAACUGCCAUUUUCAGAUCUCUCCACAGGUGUUUCAGGUCUGGACUCAUUGCUGUUCACUUUAGAAGUCUCCAGUGCUUUCUCCUAAACCAAUUACUAGUGCUUUUUGAAGUGUGUUUUUAGGAACGCCACUGGCAGUGACACUUGGACCCAGAGGGUGACAUGUGGCCCCUGUUUCAGAAAAGUCCCACAAAUGCCACUGGCUCAAAACACCCAUGUAAGGUGAUGCUCCAUUGUUUGACUUCUCUCCAAAGGAAGGAACUGUAAAAAAAAAAAAAAAAAACAGGAAAGCCACUCCUCUCGGGGGAAACGCUAUCAUACCAACUCUACUCUCUGUCAGUGUUUUCUACAACUGCAGUUUGUAAUAAAGAAACCUCCUCAUUGUACAUAGAUUUUCGAUGUCUUGGUUUCCCUGGGUAAUACCGAGGGCAACAUUAUAAAUCAUGUCUCAAAAUAUACCAAAUUCAGACGGUAAAAAUAUACUCGACGCCACGGAGCUUUUGCUUCACAUGCACGCAUGUGUACGCAAACAUGCACACAGCGAUGUGGGUGUGUCCUUACAAUGCAGGGUCAUUCGAGGUUUUUUCAGCUUUUUUUCCUUUCUUUUUGCAAAGAAUGCAGUGAGUCAGUCAGACGGUGAAGAGACAACAACAAGGACGAGACGAGAAGCUCGCGUAAGUACAGCUUCUUCCUUCAGUCGGUCACUUCCUGGGUUGGUUGUUCAGCUAUUAUUUCAUGCGAUCUCAGUUUAGUUCGAUUGGUCAGAUGUUGGUCAGCUUUUGCUAGACGAUCAAUUGUACCGUUGUAAAGGAAGUUGAUUCAGUAUCUCACCAGAUACCAAGUCAUAUAAACAUGCUAGUUUCGUUAUGAGUCGUAAUGGACUGCGAUAGUAAAACAUGAAACGAUAAAGCGAUAGUAAGACAUGUUGCUAUUUCAAUCAUUUUCUUCAUCUUAACAGGUCAUCUUGUAGCAAAAAAAAAAGUUAGCAAUGAGUGUCGUUUUCCCGGGAAAUGUCUUUUGCGUCAUGUCACUCAAAUAGUUGACAAGCUGAAGUUACGAUAAGCGAUGAAAAGUUGUCAUUCACAGAUACCCGAUCGACGGUCUCCUCGCUCACAUGUUAACAAGGAGGAAGGAUGGUUCUCGACAGCGAGAAGAACUGCUGUUGGAAACAAUGAUGCUAUCUCUAGUGCUCAGUUAAGAUAUCUGAUCGACGGUCAACUCCCUCACGUGUAUAUAAGUCCGAAGGAUGGCUCUGGACAGCAGACAUAGGGAACUGCUGUUGAACACGCUGAAGGAGCUGGGGGAGAAAGACUUCGAGGAAUUCAGGUUCCACACGGACCUGCCUCUAUGCAUACGUGAAAACGCCUGCCGGGUGUACAUUGCUGAAGAGCUGAUAAAGAAGCACGCCGAGAACACUCUGGAUGAGAUCGUCGAGAUUCUGGAGAAGAUCGGGAACAACAAUUUGGCCGAGAAGCUGCGCAGUGACAUGCUGAAAAUAAAAGGUGCCGUCGUCUCCGUCCAUGAUGAUAAUCAGAUUAACCGAUUGAAGGGGAACCUGCAAGAACACUUGAAGGGUUUAUACAGCUUUGCAUCUGAGGGCACCACUGAGCGCUGGAAGCAGCAGUCUCUGGAGGAUGUCUACACGGAGCUGGACGUCACCUACGGGGCCGACGUCAUCCCCGACGAGCGGCACGAGGUCCUUCAGAUGGAGACCAGUGCCACUGCGGCAAAGGAGUCUAUCCUGCCAUGCGACAUCUUCAAAAGACCUGACGGGAACCGGCGACCGAUACGCACGAUGCUCACCGUCGGGUUUGCAGGAAUAGGAAAAACCUUCCUGAUUCAAAAGUUUGUGUCGGACUGGGCCAGCGGUUGUACCAACCAGGACGUGGACUUCAUAUUUCCUUUCACUUUCCGCGAGUUAAACAUGGAGAAAGGGGAGAGCUUCACAUUGGUCGAGCUGAUCCAAACUUUUGUCUGCGGAGACAGGCACAUGAGCGAGAGACUGAACAAUAUAUUUGUCAACCUGCAAACUUCUGGGAAGCGGGACUUUGACAGCAGCGGGAUCAAGAUCUUGUUUAUCCUCGACGGACUGGACGAGUGCAACUUCAAAAUCGACUUGAAGAAAGUGAGGAAAGUGGACAUGGACGUGAGGGAAAGCUACCCGCUGGAGGUACUGUUGGCGUAUCUCAUCAAAGGGAACCUGCUUCCGUGCGCCAGGGUUUGGAUCACCACGCGGCCCGCGGCAGCCUGCGAUAUCCCCUCUGACCUCAUAGACAGCAGAACAGAGGUGAGAGGAUUUAGCGAUUCCCGGAAGCUGGAGUACUUCAGGAAAAAGUUCCCAAAUGAGGAGCGAGUCAUUGAGCACAUUCAGAAAUCUCGAAAUAUCUUCAUCAUGUGCCACAUUCCAAUCUUCUGCUGGCUCACCGCCACAGUUCUUCAGCAUCAUUUGGACAAAGGGAAGAAGGGAGAGCUUCCCACAACGCUGACUGACAUGUACUCAGCGUUAAUAGGUCACCUACUGGAAAACUCCAAGGAGAGAAAUACAAAUAAGUACAUCCUUGACGUGAAAGCACUCGCAAAGCUGGCCUUUGACCACACCAUGAAUAACUGUCAGAUCUUCUACGAGAAAGACCUGGCGGACAGCGGUUUUGAUUACAGCCAGGCUGCAAAACACUCCGGAAUAUUCACUGAGGUCUUUAAGGAGGUCCCUCCACUCAGGAGAAACAAACAGAAGAUGUUUCAGUUCGUUCAUCUGACCAUCCAGGAGUAUAUGGCCGCAUUACACGUGAUGAUUUGCCUUUUUCAUGACAACAACAACAUUCUGGCUGAUUCAGAGCAGGAUUCAGUAUGGAAUAAAAUAUUAAUGCUUUAUAAGCAGAAGACAAUCACUAAGGUCCACCAGUCAGCUCUCCAGAAAGCCUCGGAGAGUGAAGGAAAGCUGGACCUAUUCCUCCGCUUCCUCUUUGGCCUCUCCUUGCCGUGCAACCAGGAACUCGUGGGGGAACUCCUGAUGGCUCCUCAGGACUGCGGGCAAAGCAAGUCAGAGACAGUCGAGUUGAUCGAGAAAAGGAUCAAACGAAACACUCCAGAGAAGAAUGUCAACUUGUUCUACUGCCUAAACGAGCUGAAGGACGACUCCUUGCUCAAGCAGAUCCAGCAGGAACUAGAUUCAGGACGUCUGUCCUGGCUUAAAAUGUCAAAUGACAUGUGGUCGGCCCUGGCCUUUUUCUUACUGACAGACGACAAAACCAUGAAGUCCUUUUGUCUUGCCAACUACUCCCGAUCGCCUUUGGGGCUCGAAAAGCUACUGUUGGUGGUCAAGGCUUCUAAAAAAUCAAGUCUAAGUAGAUGUCGCCUGGACAAAGGCAGCUGUCACCUGCUGGCUUCCGUUCUCAGUUCUCCAUCCAACCUGAGACAUCUUAAUCUGGGCUUGAACCAUCUGUCGGACGAGGGGGUGGAGAUUCUCUCAAAAGGACUGGCCAGCCCACACUGUAACUUAGAAGUCCUCUCUCUGGAAAAGUGCGAGAUCACCAGUAAGGGAUGUGUUUCAUUGGCUGAGGCACUGAAGGUAACCCCCUCCCAUCUUCAGGAGCUGGAGCUGAGGUGGAACGAUCUGUCGGAUGAAGGGGUCGAGAUCCUCUCGAAAGGACUGGCCAGCCCACACUGCAUCUUAAAAAUCCUAAAUCUUUUCAACUGCGGGAUCACCCACAAAGGAUGUUUUUCAUUGGCUGAGGCACUGAAGGUAACCCCCUCCCAUCUUCAAGAGCUGGACCUGAGCUGGAACAAUCUGUCAGAUGAAGGGGUUGAGAUCCUCUCAAAAGGACUGGCCAGCCCACACUGCAUCUUAAAAAUCCUCAAGCUGCUCAAAUGUAGGAUCACCAAUAAAGGAUGUGUUUCAUUGGCCGAGGCACUGAAUGUAACCUCCUCCCAUCUUCAAGAACUGGACCUGAAAUACAACGAUCUGUCGGACAAGGGUGUCGAGAUCCUCUCGAAAGGACUGGCCAGCCCAAACUGCAUCUUAAAAGUCCUCAACCUGUCCGAAUGUGGGAUCACCCAUAAAGGAUGUGUUUCAUUGGCCGAGGCACUCAAGGUAACCCCCUCCCAUCUUCAAGAGCUGUACCUGAGAGGCAACAAUCUGUCGGAUGAAGGGGUUGAGAUCCUCUCGAAAGGACUGGCCAGCCCACACUCCAUCUUAAAAAUCCUCAAUCUGGAGCAGUGCGAGAUCACCAGUAAAGGAUGUGUUUCAUUGGCUGAGGCACUGACGGUAACCCCCUCCCAUCUUCAAGAGCUGGACCUGACCAGGAACGAUCUGUCAGACGAAGGGGUUGAGAUCCUCUCGAAAGGACUGGCCAGCCCACAUUGCAUCUUAAAAAUCCUCAAGCUGAUCUACUGUGGGAUCACCAGUAAAGGAUGUGUUUCAUUGGCCGAGGCUCUCAAGUUAAACCCCUCCCAUCUUCAACAGUUAUUUCUAACUCGCAAUCGAAUAGAGGAAAAAGGAAAAAGGGUCUUAUUGGACAUCAAGGAGGAUCUCAGCGAUAGCCUGAAGACUUUCAAAUUUAACCUGUGGGUCUAAGAACAACGUUUGGUCCUUGGCGUCAGGAAGGGCGAAUCAUUCCAAAUGUUCAUUAUUAGAAGACGUCGAGUCCAUUUGGUCUCCUUCAGAUUUUGUUCGGUCUCACGUACUCUCUGGCAAUUGCUAGAGGACCAGGUGUCGGCGCUACGGGCAAAGCGGCCUCACUCACAGAAUUCGAGGAAGUCGUCGUCGGGUUCUUUGCAGCCACAUGGAGGUGGAGUUCAAGGGGAAGGUCUACGACGUUCCCACCAAACUGCUGGCAGUUGUAUUCAUCCAUUUGUAUUGGAAGGGGCUGUCCAAAUGGAUUGGACUCUAGAGCAUCAUCAAUGGCAGCCAGUGAGUUCAAUAAGUACCCUUUAAAGGGUUAACUUAUGUUUUUCACAAAUUUAAAAGAAAAUGUCAUCCGUACACUUGAAAGUUUUGCUCAUUUUGAAAGUUGUUUUAAAUUUGAUCAUUUUCACUUCAUUGUGCAAUAUGUUGUUUUGUACGAGAACAA